AUGGGGACAUCCUGGGAUGCUGCCACCGGACCUCUCGCAGAAGAAAACGCCCUGCGAGGUUUGCCUGAUGAGUCCUGGGUCCCCAUCAUACGCUAUCAGUUCUGGGAGGAGAUCUGCGCCAAGACCAACCCGGCUUCAGCCCGCCUGUUCCUCAAGAAGCUCUGGAAGAUCGUCGGCAGCCAUCGCUUCAAGUCAAUCUGGUGGGGCGACGAUGGAAACUGCGUCGUGAUCGCAGAAAAACUCUUCAGAAAGGAAGUGCUGGGGAGGAGGGGACCCCUGAGGAUCUUUGAGACCGAGUCCAUGCGAGGCUUCAUUCUCCAGCUUAACCUCCAUGGCUUCUGCAAAAUGGAAGGGGAUUCUCUCCUAUCUGCCUCCAUCGAGGAGCUGCAAGCAGUAGCAGCAGCAGGUUCUGCUCUGGGCAAGCUGCUCUUCUACUACAGCCCCUUUUUUAGGAGAGAUUACCCCAACCUCCUCAGGAUGUGCAUGCAAGGUGGCGGCGAAAGAACGAGAGCCCCAGCUGCAUCCCCGCCGGGCCCCAAGGCGAAGCAAGAGCACCCGAGGAGGAGACGACGACCUGAUGCUCAGCUGGCGGUAGCGGAGGAGGAGGAGGAGGAGGAGAACAACACCCAGACAUCG